UCUGGGACUGUCCUUCCAUGCAGCGGUUGAAAACAUUGUAUGUAUUUGUUUCCAUAAAUGGAUCCAUUUAUGGAAACAAAUACAUACAAUGUUUCAACCGCUGUAUGGAAGGACAGUCCCAGAACUGUCAUUAAUAGUCUAUUUCUGACAGUUCUAUUGACAUUCCCCUCCAUACAGCGGUUGAAAACAGCUGUAUGGAGGGAAUGUCAUAGAACUGUCAGAAAUAGACUAUUUAUGACAGUUCUGGGACUGUCCUUCCAUACAGCCAUACACUUUUUCCGGCUUGGAAAUUAUUCUUAUUUUCAUCCUAUCUUCUUCUUUCUUCUUCUUCUUCUUCAUCCUCAUCCUCAUCCUCUUCUUCUUCUU